UAAUUGAUGGGGCUCACAAGAUCACCCAGAGCAACGCCAUCCUUCGCUACAUUGCCCGCAAGCACAACCUAUGUGGGGAGACAGAAGAGGAGAAGAUUCGAAUGGAUAUUUUGGAGAAUGAGGUUAUGGAUACCCGCAUCUCCUUGGCCAGAGUCUGCUACAACCCUGAUUUUGAGAAACUGAAGCCUGGGUAUCUGGAGUCCAUCCCUGGCAAGAUGCAGCUGUAUUCACAGUUUCUGGGGAAGAGAACUUGGUUUGCAGGGGAGAAGCUCACCUAUGUGGAUUUCUUGGCUUAUGACAUCCUUGAUGUACUGCGUAUAUUCGAACCCAAGUGCCUGGAUGCGUUCCCGAACCUGAAGGACUUCGUGGCCCGCUUUGAGGGCCUGAAGAAGAUCUCUGCCUACAUGAAGUCCAGCCGCUUCCUCCCAGGCCCACUGUUUCUAAAGGUCGCUGUUUGGGGUGGCAAGUAGGCCUCCUUAGGCGGCAAUGGGACCAAGGAGCCAGAGUUGUGCCUGCCCUGUCUCUCUGAGCAGAUAUCUUGCUUCUUUGUCCUUUGUUACAUUCCUCUAUCCCCAUGAAAUACCUUAUUGGCCUCCUUCUCCCUCCCAACCACGUUUUCAACAGGCCCUUUGACACACGCUCUCUGCUUCUGCGCAUUCCCUGCCCCACCAGGGUUGGCCCUCCUGCGCUAGAGGAGCCAGACCAUUCUUCCCUCGGUGGUUGCUCUACUUUCAGGAGCCUGACUGGACUACUGGCCUGGAGUUCACAGCCCCAAGGUCCCUGGCAUGGCCCUGAAGCCCAGUAUGGCCUGGUGUGCACACCUGGGUCCCCCAGGGCAUCCCUGCCCAGCCCAGCCUGACCCCCAGUAAAGCCUUACUCACUGCUGAA